UUGCGAAUUAUCAUUGACUUGACUAUUGUCACGCGUCGCAACCAUUCCAUUAUCGGCCGAAUAACCGUUCAAUAUCAUUAUCGUUAGUCCCGUUGUAAGUGCAUUCCAAAUAAAACGUAGGAUGUACAUUUCGUGGGUAUGCGGAUAAAAGCGCACUGCGAAACAAUUGCAACGAGUCAUUCUUUAAUGCCCAUAGGAAGAGGAGCGAAGCAGCGGUGCGUGCAAACUGAUAGCGUGAGGUGAGUCGUUGCGAUGAAGAAAAGCAUCAUCCUCCGAGAAGCCCAUUCCUACAUUUGGCGAGGUUUGCGGGCUUGUUGAGCACGUAGGAGCCGAGGUGGAAUCAUUGUUGUCGGUGCCACUAUUUGUUGCUGACGUAGUGACGUGCCAGUGCGCACGCGGCCCCACAACUGCAUUACUGUUAGUGUUUCUUGUAAACAAAGAACCGUAGCGACGAUGGAGGAGAAGGCACAACAAGAGGCACCGGUUGUCGAGAAUGGCAAGAAAGAUGAGGUACCGAAGAGUGUCGUAGACGAGCAGUCAAAGAGCAUCGAGGGCGAGGAAAUGAAAACCAUCGAGGGCGAGGAACCGAAAAGCAUCGAGGACGAGGAGUCGAAGAGUGUAGAAAUGGAAGCUGGAUGCAAAGUCGACUGGUAUUUCAUGCCGGAUUCUGUACUUUUAAGUAUAUUUCAGUACUUGAAUCCCAAGGAACUGCUUACUGCUGGCGAAGUCUGCAGGUCUUGGAAUAGGGUGUCGCAGGAUGAAUUACUUUGGAAGGCCUUAUUCUAUCGAACUUACAAAGUGGAUAGUUGUGUUGGCAUUAUGCCAGGAAAAACAUCUUGGUUAAGUGAAUUUAAACGCUUAGCGUAUCACAUACCACUAAUAGCAACAGAAACUUUAAGAGAACAUUCCCAUCAGGUAUUACAUGUCAGUUUUUCUCAUAAUGGAAAGAUGUUUGCUACUUGCUCUAAAGAUGGCUACAUAUUGGUUUGGAACAGUCAAUACCCAGUAUCAAUUAAAUAUCAGUACGAUAUGAAGGUUUUUAGUUGGAAAUACACACAGUUUUCACAAUUUAAUUCUUCCGAUACCUUAUUGUUAGUAUCUGGUGUUCAUUUUGGUACUCCACAUAGUACAUCGGGUGAAAUAGCUGUAUUCAGACUAGCAGAAGGCUUUGAAUUGCAGUGUAGAGUUGUAAAUAAACCAUAUGACAUAUUUGGUACUUGGUACAGUGAACGGUAUCUCUUAAGUGGUGGCCUUCAUUGGCUAGCUCACCUGGUCAGCACAAGUGUUUUGUGGCUCAAUAAGGCUAAUCAGGAAACAGGAAGCGAGCAUGUACCUAUUAUGAAUCAAUUAUACCGCUUUUACAAUGGAAAUGCAUCAUUGAUUAGAGCAGUUAUGGUCGCAAAUUGUUUGUCACCCAUAUUAACGGAAUCUGACGCACAAAAUAGUGAGCCAUCUAGUUCUAAUAUGAAACAAGAGAAAGGAAAUCCAUUGAGUCACAGAGAUAUUUCUCUUGACUCAACUAAUGAAGAAACAGAAAAGGAAGAACCUGAAGUUUUAUAUCAUGCAUCAUCUAGAUUACAGUAUAGUACAUUAGAAGGUGGUUUUAUGAACUGGAGAAAAUUGGGUGAUGGUUUUGAGUAUGCCAGUCCAAUUCGAUACAAUCAAGAAUAUAGAGAAGUAGAGAUGGAAAAAGAAACUGGAGAUAGUGAUAGUGAUAAUGAAUCAAGUCCUCAGUGCGAAGACGAGAGCGAAGAAGAAGAUUCGUUAUCAACUGAAGAAUGUGAGGAUUCUGAUGACUUAGCUGACUGUCCUGAAAAGUUCCUUAUUUUUACAACUGGUUCCAAAACGUAUACACCACAUCAAGUUGGGUUUAAAAGAAUUAAACCAGUCACUUUUCCUAGAAGACUUGAUCCUGGUCCGUCUUUACAAGAAAGACUUGCUCAAAGACAUAGAGAACGAGAAAUGCAAAACAAUGGUUCCUUUCGACCAGAACCUAACUGGUUGGAUUAUAAAUCUGUAGCUGACAAAUUUGAUAAAAUUGAUCACUUAAUUGAUCUUCAUGGUCACAUCAUUGGAAUGGGCUUAUCACCUGAUCAUAGAUAUUUAUACAUUAAUACAAGGCCUUGGCCCAGAGGUUACGUAAUUACAAAUCCAUUACAACCUCCACCAAUAGCUCAAGAAAUUGAUAUUCACGUUAUAGAUUUAGUAACAUUAAAACAAGUUGGCACAAUGCUUAGAGCUCAUAAAGCUUACACACCAAACAAUGAUUGUUUUUUUAUAUUUUUAGACGUAUGCAAUGAAUAUGUUGCAAGUGGUGCUGAAGAUAAACAUGGAUACUUGUGGGAUAGGCACUAUGGUGUAUGCUUAGCCAAAUUUCCACAUUCUGAUGUAGUUAAUUCAGUAGCUUUCAAUCCUCGUAAUCCUGAAAUGUUAGUUACUACUAGCGACGACUAUACAAUUAAAGUUUGGAGAAGCCGAGCAAUGACUAAAUCUCUUGGACUCAAUGAAGCUAUGUAUCGACGAGGCAAGGAAGUUAGAAAAAGACGUAAAUAUCACAGAAGCAAUUGUAAUAUUGACUGACUAAAAGCCAUAAAAUUUCCAAUUUAAAAAUCUUCACAAUGAAAUGUAAAUAAAUUGAGUAUAUUAAUAUUUGCUCAAUGGCGUUUAAUUUGUCAGAACAUAAUGCGUAUAUUUUUUAAAUAUUAAAAAAUUUCUGCGUGAAUAUUUUAAAUAUUUCCAGCUUUUAUAAAGACACCAAAUAAAAUGAAGAUUUUUAAAACGGAGAUUUUUAAAUGGUAUAUUAAAACGUGGAACUCUAUUUAAGAAUAAAUAGCGAGUAAUUUAAUCAUCAUGCUAUGUGCAAUGAUUGUUAAGUUUUUUGCAAACUAUGAUUAUAUUUUCUAUACAUUAUAACGAUAAAUACGUUAUAAUAUCUGUAAACGCUGCGUUUUUAAAAAUCGAUAUUGGUAUUAGGAAAAAUAUCAUAUAUGAUGAAAUAAAAAAUAUAAUUUAUGAUACAGCAUGAGCUACACACGUGAAUUUACAGGUACGGUUGUAUUGUUUAUAAUUAACGUACAGGAAGGCUGACCUCGUGUUAGGAUUUGCUCAGGUACUCGUCACAGCGUUAGUAAUUUAAUGAGAAAAAAAUAAUAAAGAUAAUAAAUAAGCUGGCACUUACAAUUGGAUCGUUCCAAUGAUAAUUGAGAUAUCGAAAUUCUCUCAGAUGUGAUUACAUUCGUAAUUGAUGUUCGGCUCAUUUCAGCCUUAUAUAUACAAUGC